AGAGGGAAGGGAAAGAUAGCCGCAAGGGUAAGAAUUGUGAUAUCCUUUAAAAAAAGAGUAGUUAAAUGUAUCUUUGUGAAGGACAAAUAUAAACACAGGUUUACCUUGCAUCUAAGGUUUCAAUAUCUGUAAAUCUAAAUCCAGGUCCAGCCAUUCAGUUAAUUUCAAACCAUUCAGUGAAAGUGUGUUUGGUGAUUUUGUUAUAGGUGAAAGUUCAUAGGUUAAACGUUCACGGUGAGCUUGAGGUGGCCGUACACCUUGCUGCAGACCAGGAAAGGAAGCCAAGAUGGAAGGAAGGGAGGUGGUGUUGCCGACUGUGUCCCGCGUUGCACUGUGUGGUGGUACCCAUGGCAAUGAGCUGUCAGGAGUGUACCUGGUGAGAGAGCGGCUGAGGAUGAGGAAGGUGGAAGAAGACCACAUCUCCGUGGUGACCGUGAUGUCCAACCCGCGUGCUGUCCAGCAGUGUCGGAGAUACACAGAGACAGACCUGAACCGCUGCUUCACCCAUGCCACCCUUAGUGGGCCUGUGACAGACAAAACCCCCUAUGAGAUAGUCCGGUCCCAGGAGCUGAACACCCUGCUAGGUCCCAAAGGUAGUCCAGAGGCCAUGGACCUGGUGUGUGACCUCCACAACACUACCGCUAACAUGGGCCUGUGCCUCAUCGCCUACUCAGACUGUGACUGGAUCUCUCUUCACAUCUACAGAUACCUGCAGAGACAAAUGUCUGACAUACCUGUGAGGUUCAUUCACUUUGACCUUCCCCGCAAUGAAGCAUAUUCCCUCGAUUCUGUAGGCAAACAUGGCUUUGCGAUUGAGAUUGGUCCUCAGGCCCAUGGAGUAGUCAGGUCCAAUAUUUUAUCGACAAUGCAAGAAGGGGUCCAGCACAUGCUAGAAUGGGUCCACCUCUUUAACUCAGGUACCCAAUUUGAAGGAGGAAAAGUGGAUGUGUACACCAUGGUGAAAAAUGUGGACUACCCAAGAGACUUUGAGACCCACGGUAUUACAGCCGCCAUUCAUCCUCAACUCCAGGAUCGGGACUUCUGCCUCCUCCGACCCAAUGACCCUGUGUUCCAGACAUUCUCUGGAGAGACACUAAAGUACAAAGGGACUGAGCCACUCUAUCCAUUCUUCAUUAACGAAUGUGCGUACUAUGAGAAGGGCAUAGCUCUCUCCCUUGCAAGACAGAGGAGUGUGGGGAUACCAUCCAUCCGAUCGGAGAGAGAAGGAGAACAGGGAAAGAGGAAAAGUUCAGCAGAUGAAAUGGAGGAGGAAGAAAAAAUUAAAGGGGAAAUGAAGGGGGAAGGCUAUCAGAAGCUAAUAGAAUAUGGAGAGGAGAGUGAUUCACUAAAUGGACAACACAACUGAGAGCUAAUUUCAAGUUCUUGAUAUGAAUUGUGGAUUUUAAAAAAGCUAUGUAAAAUGGGACACAUUGAUCAAAUGUUAUUAACUUCAAAUAAUAAUAAAAAU